AUGGCCCGACUCCGCGUCCUCAUCGUCGGCGCCUCAAUAGCCGGCCCAGCAGCAGCAUACUGGCUCACCAAAGCCGGCGCCGAAGUCACAAUCAUCGAACGCUUCCCAGCCCUCCGCAGCGAAGGCGGCCAAGCAGUCGACAUCCGCACCGCAGGCGUGACCGUCAUGCGCAAAAUCCCAGGAAUGGAAGCCGCCGUUCGCGCCCACCGUGCUCCUAUCGAGGGCAUUGCUUUCGUCGACUCAAAGGGCCAGAGUUAUGGAACCAUCGGCGCAACGGGAAGUUCUGAACAGCAGGGUUUGGUCAGUGAGUAUGAGAUUUUCCGGGGGGAUUUGAGUAGGAUUCUAUUUGAUCUUACGAGAGACCAUCCGAGAGUCAAGUAUGUCUUCGGCACGCAGAUCUCCGCCCUGCGGCAGAAUGAGGAUGAUGGGACUGUGGAUGUUACGUUUACCUCUACCCUCCCACCGUCGACCUACGACCUCGUAGUCGACUGCUCUGGCGCAACGUCCCGAACUCGCGCCCUAGCUCUGAACUGCGGUGUCCGCGACCACGUGCAUCCCGCCCACUCCUGGGCUGCUUACUUCUCCACCGCCAAGGACUACCUGAAUGCCUCCACCAUCGGGCAUGGGUACAGUAUCCCAGGCGGCUUGAUGGUCGCAGUUGGCCAGGACGGGAAGGGCGGGAAUAAAGUCACACUAAUGGGCCAUGGCGAGGAGUCGACGAGGCUGUUCAGAGAGGCGCAUGGCAAGGGAGAUGCAUCGUUGAAUGCAUAUCUGAGGGCAUUAUUGGAUGGCAAGGGCUGGAUCUGCAAAGAAGUCACAGAAGAAAUGACCACAACGCCCGACUUCUACGCCAGUGAAAUCCUCCAACUCAAACUCCCCUCCCUCCACGCAGGUCGCUUCGUCCUCGUCGGCGACGCCGGCCACGCCACGGGUCCUACUGGUUUCGGUACUUCCGCCGCUCUCGUCGCUGCCUAUAUCCUCGCCGGCGAAGUUUCAAAAUCUCCCAACGACAUCGCCGCUGCGCUGGAAGGCUAUGAACAACAAAUGCGGCCUUUGUUGAAGGAGUGGCAGAAGGUCCCACCUUUUGUGCAGACGAUUAUGGCGCCGCAGACGGGGUGGGGGAUUUGGGUGAGGAAUGGGGUUUUUAUGGUGUUGGCGAAGAGUGGGUUGGUUAAUUUUGUGCAGAGUCGGCUGGCGGGGGCGUUUGGGAGGGGGGAGGACACGGGGUUGGUGGGGUAUGGAUGGGCAGAGUGA